ACGUUUUAGGAUGUAGUCUGUAAACCUUAAAGAAGAAGUCCAUAGACGACAGUCUCAAGAUAAAUGUUUCUUCAAAAUGUCGAAACAACAGUUGUUGACUGUGUUUAUAGCCAAGCGAUUAAUAUCGGCAGCCGUGAACAUAUUUGGGAUAGAGGAAAGGUUGAUAGCCCAGUACCAGGAGCCACUAGCAGCAGUGACUGUUGAGAUAAUGGCGGCGGUGGAAACGACGAUUGAACAAGAGCUCUCUAGUUCAAAGCAGGAGAUUGAACGUCUACGGAGGCUUCUUCUGGAGUUGGGAGCAGACCCCCAGCAGCUAACUGUCCCUGAAGAGGAGGUUCCCCCUGAGCAGCAGCACUGUGAGCAGGAGUGGAGCCCCAGUCUGGGGCAGCAGGACACAGAGCCCACACAGAUUAAAGAGGAACAGGAGGAACUCGGGACGAGUCAGGAGGAACUCGGGACGAGUCAGGAGGAACUCGGGACGAGUCAGGAGGAACUCGGGACGAGUCAGGAGGAACUCUGGACGAGUCAGGAGGAACUCGGGACGAGUCAGGAGGAACUCGGGACGAGUCAGGAGGAAGAGCAGCUUCACAGACUUGAGUCUGAUUCCACAGAUGUUGUAGAGUUCAUAUUUACUGCUCCUCCCUGUGUGGAAAAGUACUCUGAUCAGGACAGAGAGAGAGAGAGGGACUCUCUACCCACCAACACAACUGAACAGAUCCAAACAGAACCUAAUGGAGAGGACUACAGAGUAUCAGAACCUAAUGGAGAGGACUACAGAGUAUCAGAACCUAAUGGAGAGGACUACAGAGUAUCAGAACCUAAUGGAGAGGACUACAGAGUAUCAGAACCUAAUGGAGAGGACUACAGAGUAUCAGAACCUAAUGGAGAGGACUACAGAGUAUCAGAACCAACCAGUGACUCUCUGCUCCUCUCUGCAGUAAAUCCAGACUGUUCUGCAGCUCACAGUGAAAUCAUUGUAAGUGUGGAUGAGGAUGAGAGCGAGGAACCUGUGUUAAAGACCCUCAAAUCGAGGAGGACACAGGCAGAGAAACGACAAAGCUCUCAAGUCUGCACUGAGGCCAAGACAACCAGUGAGCUGAAAGAACCAUUGAAGUCUCACACAAAUAAGAAACCAUUUAAAUGUCCUGUGUGCAGUAAACGCUAUAAGACACUAGGCGGUUUAAAAACGCAUCAGAGAAUUCACUCAACUGAAAAUAAUCAUCACUGCAAGAAAUGUGGCAAAUCAUUUAACUUGUUGCAACAAUGGAAGAAACAUAUGAAGAAUCACACAGAGGAGGAAUCACCGACGUGUCAUGUGUGCAGUAAAAGUUUUAAACUACCAAACCAUCUGAAAACUCAUAUGAGAUGCCACACCGUAGAGAAACCCAGUCAGUGUCCAACAUGUGAAAAACACUUUAAGUCAGCGAAAGAGCUAGAGAUUCACCAGAGAAUUCACACGGGAGAGAAACCAUAUGCAUGUCCGACAUGUGAAAAACACUUUAAGUCAGCGAAAGACCUAAAGAAACAUCAGAGAAUUCACAUUGAAGAUCAACUAUACCAGUGUCCAACAUGUGAAAAACACUUUAAGUCAAAGUACAACCUUAAACACCACAAGAAAAUUCACACCGAAGAGAAAUCAUAUAGCUGCAAUGAUUGUGUCAAGUGCUACAGGACAAAGACUGGCUUAGAAGAGCACGUGAGGACUCACACAGGGGAGAAACCUUUUAAGUGUUCUGUGUGUGAAAAGUGCUUUACUUCAACAACCAUUCUAAGACGCCACGAGAGAACUCACAGUGGAGAGAAACCACACGGAUGCACACAAUGCAACAAACGCUUCCCUGUCAAGUCAGACCUGGUUAAACACAUGAGAACGCACACAGGGGAGAAACCUUUUAGCUGUAAAGAAUGUGGCAGAUGUUUCAGUCAUAACAUUAGCCUGAGACUGCACAUGAGAACUCACACAGGGGUGAAACCGUACAGCUGCAAAGAAUGUGGCAAAUGUUUUUCUGUUAACAGUAACCUGAGAAUGCACAUGAAAAUUCACACAGGAGAGAAAUCGUUUUGUUGCCAAGAAUGUGGUAAAUGUUUCCGUCAUAAAAUUAGCCUGAGACUGCAUAUGAUGACUCACAGUGGUGGUGAGAAUCUUCAUGAAUGUUCUCAAUGCAACAAACGGUUCCCCAUCAAAUCUCUCCUGGUUAAACACAUGAUAAAACACACAGGGGAGAAAACUAAUAGCUGCAAAGAAUGUAGCAAAUGUUUCCUUCAUAACAUUAGCCUGAGACUGCACAUGAGAAUGCACACAGGGGAGAAAUCAUAUACCUGCAAAGCGUGUGGCAAAUGUUUCCAAAACAAGAUGGUUCUGACUAGGCAUAUGAGAACUCACAAAGGAGAGAAUCCAUAUAAGUGUCCUCUUUGUGUCAGUUCCCUUAUGUCAUCAAAUGAACUAAAACAUAACUACUUGGGAGAGAAACCAGAGACCGACCAACCAGAGAAUCCAUCGUGCCUCUGCAGCGAUUGUGGCAAACGCUUCCCAACGAUGAAAACCCUGAGAGACCACAUGAGGACCACACAUGAAGAAAAAAGGCAUCCGUGUUCUGUUUGUGGAGAUUUCUUUAUGUCGUUGGGUUCUCUUAAAGUUCACCAGAAAAUACACACAGGAGAGAAACCCCACCAGUGUUCUGUUUGUGGGAAAUAUUUUGCAUUGUAGUGAUGGAAAGUUUGGCUCUUUUGACAGACUCUGAUCUUUGACUCAUUUAAAUAAAUAAAAUAACUCCUCUUUUGACUAA